UGUCCGACUUUUCGUUUUGUGUUGUCGCCCCUGUCGCUGAGCACACCUGACCCCCCCCAACCCCCCAGGCUGUUUAAUCAUCUGUCCGUUUACCGUGUGAACAUGUUGGAGGCGGCUCAGCGGCAGGAGAAUAACUCCAUAGCGGUGGCUGUGAUCCCUGAGAACCAGAACUGCGGAGAGGUAGCGGACAUCCUAAAAGCUGAACUCGCUCCUGGAGGCUCCCUGCUCGGCUGUCUGCGGGACCGGGGGCGGCUGGUGGUGUGGGACCCGGCGGACAGAGAGGCUGCUCUGGCUGCAGUAGACGGCUCCUACAGAGAUUUUUCCUGGGAGGAGGUGACUGUCCAUGGUCAAGGCAUCAGCAGCUUCAGACUCCUGGCUGUUGGGUCGCAGUGUGACCUGAAGCUGCUGGAGGUGAAAGCAGAGCAACCAGCCUCCAUUUCUCUGCUCUGUGUCUCUGAAUGUCCUGCAGACCACCUGCUGCAGACUGUCCGAGAGCAGGACCACAGUGUGUGUGAGCUGCAGUCGCUGCGUGUGUUGUCGUUUGCUGCUGGCCGCUGCUGUGUGCUGCUGAACAGUGACUGGCUGCUGCGGCUGCAGUGGCAGCGGGUGGAGAAGGAACUGCAGAUACUAUCCUGCAGUAACAUCCAGCUGACUGACAGCAACAGACACACUGCUGUGGACCACUGUGUCUGCAGAGAAACCCUGUUCAUCCUCAGCUCCACUGGACUCAUAUCUGUGUAUAAUGUCACUGACGGCAGCCUGCUGGCCAGCGUUGACCUGCCAGGGUACCUGAGCUCUGGCCUGGCAGAGGACGACGGUGUCUCCCCUUCUUCCACCUUCUUCUCAUCUUCCUCCUUCUGCCUCCUCCAAGUGUCAGCUGAUCUCAGUACAGCCGUUGCUGUCACUCAGUCCCACAAUGCUGUGGGUGUCGACCUCAACCACUACUUCAGGACACAUCCAGAGCACCUACUGUGCUCGGUCCCCCCUGCUCAUCCUCCGCUGCAGCCAGAGCACCUUAGAGACCAGGACAGCCUGUGGAGCUCCAGCUGCAGCCUCGCCGCCCUCGGAUCGACCUUCAGCACUGACCGCUCCUGGGAAGCUCGUCUGGCCUCCAUGUACAGCAGAGCCCAGCAGGCUCCAGCUCUCCCUACCUCCACCUCCUCCCCUUCCUCCUCCUCCUCCUCCUCCUCCUCCAAGCCUGCCAGGACAUCCUGGUCCUUCUCCCUCCCCCACCUGGAGUCCCACCAGGCUCCAUCCUCGGUCCACAGCAGAAUCCCUUGCGGUGGGGCAACCGUUGCUUUCUUCGUCCCCGAGUCAUCUGCUCCGUCUCUGCUCACUGUCUCCGAGUUCUCUGCCAUGGUGACCUUCAUCUCCCCUGGCAACAGACAGACCACAGUGGCCUCAUGGGAUUUGGAGUCUGGGAGUGUGAGCUACCACCAGAUGGAGGGCGAGGCGGCUCCGGUCCAGCUCUGUGGAGAGAGUCAGCACAGACUGCUGCUGAAGAAGGCCGGUGUGUUCCAGGUCUUGUUCUCAGUUUCCCAGCAGGAUUUGCUCAGCAGGUUGAUGUUGUUUGGCAGUGCAGCAACAGUAGAUGCAGUGUGUCACCUGAACAGCUGGGGGCGCUGCUCCAUCCCCAUCCAUGCCCUGCAGGCCGGGCUGAAGAACCGUCAGCUGGAUACGGUUGAUUUCUACCUGAAGAGCAAAGAAAAUGUUCUGAGCCCCUCGACAGCGUUCAGUGCUGCUGAUCAGCCAGCAGCCUCCACACUCAGCCUGACCGACAGUGUCCAGGAGUUGUGUCCUGCCUUGGACCUGCUGUGUUCAGCUGUCAGAGACUCACACAGUGAAGCUCAGAGUCGACAGUUCUCAGAACAGCUGCUCAACAUCACCGUGAAUUUCGUCAACACACAGAUCCGCUCUGUGCUGUCCAACUCACACCAUGAGGACGCGGGUGUACAGAGCUGCGUGGACGUUCUGGACCAGUACAUCACCGAGCUGAGGACCUACAUGAAGAGAUUUCCCUGGCCUGCAGGGAGCGACAUCUCCAGCACCGACUCUGCUGCUCCUGCUCAGGAGGAGGCGCAGGGGGACGAGUGGGAGCAGCUGCCGACAGAGGAAGUGGUCCGCCAAUCCAUCCUGACCAGUCAGAUCCCCAGAGCUCAGGCCGUCCUACGGAGGCGGAGCCUCCCAGAGCAGCGUCUGUCGGCUCUGAGGAUGGAGGGUCUGCGGCAAGUCUUCUCCUGCCUGCAGCUCAGAGACCUGCAGACGGCCAACACACUCCUCAUUAACAUGGGUUUCAGUGUGAAGAAGCAGCUCCACAGUAUCUGUCUUUACACCGAUGACAAGGACCUGAGGGAGUUUGUGGUGGAGGAGCUGUCAAGGCAGAAGUAUUUUCCAGAGGAAGAGAUGCAGAGUGUAGCAUUCAUAAGGGAGAUGGAGAGGCUGGGAUCACUGCCUACAUCCCGCUGCCCAGCACGUUCCACAUCACACAGAGUCGUUCAGAUGGUUCGUAGGGAGACGGGAGGUGGUGAGGAGGUUCUGGAGGAGCUGGUGGGACAGAGGAGGUCUGAUGAGCAGGGGGCCCUCUGGAGGAAUGUCAAAUUGGACUGGGUGAGGAACUGGGACCAGAGCUGCCAGACCGCUGUCCUCCUGUCCAGACUCCAGCAUACAGAGUUAAGCUCCUGUGACUCUGCUGUGUUGUGGCAAUACCUCACCUCCCUCCACGACCAGCAGCGGGUGGUCAGCUGGAUCCAGAGCAGCGAGACCACCGAUGCCUCCCUUUGGCCAGAGUUAACCCCAGAACUGGUUAACAACAACACACUCUGCAGCAUCUACAUGAGGGAGAACAUCCUGGACCUGCUGGCCAGGAGAGGCCUGUUCAUCCCAGAGGAGCUGGCAGAUUUGGAGCAGCUGCUGUGGAGGCAGGCUCAGGGUGGAGGGGUGAUGGCUUCAUCUCCUCCCAUCCCUCAGUACCGCUCUUCCCUCGGCCUGGACUUCCACAGCCUCUUUAUCACCUUCUGUCUGGAUCACAGCCUGCAAUACCUGCUCUACACCUACCUGGAGCACUACAGAUUGACGCCCAGAAACUGCCCCCUCCUGACCAGUCAGAGCCUGUCUGAGAGUCAGCCCUGGUUUGAGAUGCUGGUGAAGAUCCAGGAGAUCACCAGAGAUCUGUCAGACCCAGGUCUGGUCUUCCAGGCCAGUUUAACCAGUGCCCAGGUGCUGUUACCAGGCAGUCAGGCGUCUUUGAGCAGUCUGCUGUUAGAGGGACACAGUUUGCUGGCUCUGGCGUCCAUCAUGUUUGCCCCCGGAGGAAUCGAUCAGGUGGUUCAGGGUGAACGGUCAGGCAGGUCAGGGAGGACGGUCGACCCUCAGCUCCUGAAGAUGGCACUGACCCCCCACUCCAAACUGAAGGCUGCCCUGUUCCCUGCCGGGCCCCGAGGAAACAGCCCGUCCUCUGACAUCUCCGUCUACCACCUCCUGCAGUCACUUCAUCCUCUGGAUCCAUCCAGGCUGUUUGGCUGGCAGGUGGCAAACACCCUCAACUCUACAGAGACGUCAGAGCUGCCUCAUUUCUCUAGCCCUCACCUAGUCAACAGGUUCGCUCUGGUGGAGACCCUGGACUUCCUGUACUACCUCCGUCAUGGCCGACCAUCCUUCGCGUACGCCACCUUCCUCGUCCAGCGACUGAGCAGCUGCAGUGAUGUUACUCUACUUUUGCAGCAGGCCUGGCAGCAGGUGUACAGGUUGGCCCUGCAGUGUUUUAACGUGCCGUCUGUGGCGUCGGCGGCUGUUUGUUUCUGUGAGCUGCUGGGAGUCUCCAGCCUCAAGCUGAGAGUCGACAUUAGAGCCAUGAACGCCAUCCUCCAGCACUGGAACCAACACAACACACACUCUGCUCCAACACAGCGUCUACACACUCUGGUGUCUAAAGGAGUAAAGCUGGCAGAGACGGAGCCUGGAGCAGCAGAGGAGCUGAUUGGCUACCUGGAAGCUGCAGUGACAGACAGUCUGGAGCAGAGGGGCAUCAGCAGGUCGUCCUAUGACGCAGCUCAGGAGUGGGCGUUACCUGUUCAGUUCUGUCAGCUCCACGGUCUGAAGCUCAGCUCUGUUUAUCCCGCCCACUGUGCCAGUGACGGACAGUUCAUCCACUUCCUGUUGUUUGUCCAACUGCACAACUUCCCGCCCCAUCAGGUGAGGUCACUGGUUGCUCAGUUUGGCCCCACCCUCCAGGCCCACCUGAGUCUGGCAUUUCAGGACCUGCAGGUGUACAGCCAGAGGAGGGGCUGUGACUCUGAGGAGCAGGUGCAGUCUCUGAGCACAGAGAAGGCCCCCGGGAGUCCGGAGCACUCCAGGGAGCUGUUUCAGGUCCUCCUGCAGAGCCAAGAGGAGGUGUCGCCCUGCAGGUACCUGCUGCAGGAGGCUGUGAUGCAACGCUGCCCAACACUGGCUGUACUGGCUGCCUGUCAACAGGGGGCGGAGCUGCUGCCCUGCCUGUGUGUGUGGGUGUUGACCUCCGUCGAUGAGGUCACAGUGAGAGAAGCCACCUCCCACCUGGUGGAAGCCCCCCAGCACCAUGAGUGGACCCUGCAUGACCUGUCAAUCAUCUGGAGGACACUGCUGGGGCGGGGCCUGGUAAGGCCCCUCCUACGAGGCUUUGAACUCUUCCAAAAGGACUGUCCUCUGGUGCUGGUGCUCAGGAUGUUUGAGCUGUGCUGUGACUACAGGAACUUCUCUGAGGCCAAGGCGAAGCUGCUGGACUUCCAGAGGACGCUCAUCGCGUUGAGAAACAGCAGUCCGGUACCCUCCGGUGAACUCCCUCUGCAGUGGGUGGAGAGCCACGCCUCUGUGCUGCUCCUCACUAUGCUGCAGCGCUGCUCGUCCCAGUACGACCUCCACCGCCUUCUGCAGCUUCUGGCUGACGUCGACAAACUCCUCAAAUCCAAUGGUCCAGACUUCAAGAAGCUGAGUCAGCUCAGUCAGUUGCUGCAGGGGUCAGAGGUCAGCCUGUCUCCCAGGCUGCUGCAGUGCAGUUUGCCCUCCAUCCAGCAGGAGGAGUUCCAGGCUGCUGUGGACGCUCUGCAGGCUGAGGGGCGCUACAUCCAGGCCAGACAGGUGGCCCAGCUGGCCGGCCUGUCCGUCCACCGCCUGCUGCUUAGCCAGCUGCUUCAGGAAGCGAACUCCCAGAAGUCCAAGACACAGUGGAGGAGGUUGGAGACCCGAGUCAGUUUCUGGAAGAAGUGUCAGGAGCAGCUGAAGACUGACAGCACUGAUCCAGAAUCAGCCUCCCAGUUCUUCCUGUCUCAGGCUGAAGCUGGGACUGGCGACCCCUCCGCAGCUGCUGAGGCUCAGGCGGAGCUGCUGGAUGUGCAGGAACGCUGCCUGCUGCUCGGCCUCGCCGCUCACUGGCUCUCCCUGCUCAGCCCUGCUCCCGUGGACAAACUGGAGAGCCUGGAGAAAAAGCUGUGGAUUAGCCGGGUCCGACGACAUGUCUUUACUGUCGCCAUGGAGAAGGAGAGCGUUUUCAACCUGCCGCCGCCCGCCAUCACACCUGAGAUGAACACAUACGAAGUUCUCAUGAAGGAGUUCUCCUUCUCUAACAUAUCAGCUCUGAACACAGAGAAGUACCUCAGUCUGGAGGGACUCCCAGGUCCCUCUGAGGAGCAGGAGGAGCUGAAUGUCAGCUCAGGGUUGAGUCCGGAGGAGAGAAGUGUUCUGGCUGCACUGAUUGGUCAGUUAUUAGAUGAUGGCAGCAUCCAUGAAGCCAGCCGCAUCUGCCGCUAUUUCUCCCUGUAUCACCCAGACAUGUGGGUGGUGCUGCGCUGCCGGGGCCUGGCGUCCGGAGAACUCAGUCCCGAAACACAAGAAGAGGCAUCAGAAGCUCUGCCAAGCAAGACCUUUACCAGCUCUCCCUCACUCAGCAGCCUGUCAUCCUUCGUCAUGCUUCCCCUCCCUGAGGACGAGGCUGCGGUCCAGCUCCAGAAACUGGUGGACCAGUGUCGCCAUGGCAUCAACUACUGUAAACAAGUCCUCAGCCUCUACCAGCUCUCCAAGGAGCUGCAGAGCUCCUUCAGUCAGAUCUGCAGGGAGGAGCCUCGCUCUGUGUUGGAGAUGCUGCUGCUGUCGGAUCAGCCGGAGCGCUUCAGAAAGGCUCAGGCCUUCAUCAAAGCUCAGGGUCUGUCUGCCGACACCGUGGCCCAGCUGGUCUCGUCUGCUGUGGUCCAGGCCCUGCUGGCCUCCACCCAGGAGCUCCCGCCUGACCCAGCAGAGAAGCAGGUAUUCAGGCCGUCGGAGGGGCGGGAUUCCCUGAUCCAGCUGAUCAAACUGUGUGACGAUCCGAACCUGGUGGGAGUCAAACUGCUGGAAAGCCUCAACACUGUUCCACUGAGGGACCUGAACUGCAUCGUGGAGUCGCUGAUCGUGGCUCAUGACUGUUUCAGUCUCACCUGUAACAUGGAGGGGAUUGUCAGGGUGCUCCAAGCCGCCCGUCACCUCAGCCACACCCACCUCGCCCCAGGAGAGCACUACAGUCUGAUGGUGCGUCUGCUGACAGGUAUCGGCAGGUAUAAUGAGAUGACGUAUGUCUUUGACCUGCUGCAUCAGAACCAUCGUUUCGAGAUGCUGCUGAGGAAGAAGGUGGACAUGGACAGAGGACAGAGCUCCAGUCUGAAGACGGCUCUGCUGGAUUACAUUAAACGCUGCCUCCCUGCAGACAGCGAGAAACACAACAUGGUGGCGCUUUGUUUCAGCAUGAGGAGGGAGAUCGGAGAAAACCUGGAGAUGGCUGCCAGGACUCAGCUGAAGAUCAUCGAGUCUCAGGCCUGGGUUGUCACUCCUGAUCUGAAGAGCUCAUUGGUCAAAGUGUUGGGUCUGUUGAAGGAUGCUGCAGAGAGCUUCUCUAAGGACUCGUGUGUGCGUCAGGCAAGUCGCUGUGUCCGGAUGGCUAAGCUGGUUGCUCUCCAGCUCCACUUCCUGACCCAGGGAUCAGACCUGUGUGUCAUCAACCUGCGACCUGCAGAGCUGCUGAGCACUGUGAUCGCUCUGCCUCGAUGCUACCAGGUGUUUGUGGUGUCGGAGGCGUACAGCUACAGUCCAGACUGGGCAGAGAUUUUGUACCAGAAGGUGAUCCUCAAUGGAGACUUUGUUUACCUGGAGGAGCUCAAACACCACCGCCCGCUGACCUCCAGCCUGUUUGAGGACAUUUUCAAGAAGCUGGACGGCGCUCCCACCAGCGUCACUCCAAACGUGAAGCGCCUGCUGACGCACUGUGAUGAUGUGUACAGCCGCUACAGGCUGGCCUACCAGCAGAAUCUGUACGAUGUGACCAAAACGAUGCUGCAGGACGCCAAGACCUCCAACUACCUGAACGACAGACUCGCCAGCUGAUCAGAUCCCUGACCGGUUUGCAGACUGACUCACUGAUUUUUAAUAUGAGAAACUGUCAGUGCACAACAUUUAUUUAUAAGAAAAAAAAAAUUUAAAAAGAAAAACUUUUGUUUUGCUUUGCUUUUCUAAUUUGUCUUCUGUGGAGAUUAAAAUCCAUUAGACUCACAAAAUCAGGUUUAUAUGAUUAAAUGAAAAAGAGAAAUGAAAUUCUGCAGAUUGACUUUCCCAGAGCUUUUUAGAUCCCUGCCAUGUUCCAGCUGUAACAGGUGAAAAACAAGCACAGAAUCUUCAUAAUAUGAUAUAAUAACACUGUGAAAUGAAUUAAAGACACUUUCUAAAC